AUUUUGUUGUGACAGUUAUAAACAAUAAACAAAAAUCUUCUGUAUGUUGAGAACUUUAAUGUCAUUAUUUAAUUAAUAAGAAAAAAAUUUUUUUUAUUAGUAUCUUUUGUAUAACAAAAGACAAUUAAUAUGGAAAACGAUUAUUAUUCGACGGUUUAUUCUUGGUUUGACAAAUGUGGAAUAAUAUCAAAUAUUCGAACUCAUUUACGUCAAAAUUUGGUAAACGCUUUAAAAAAUAAAGAUUUAUCAUUAAAAUCCGAUAGCAGUCGACCAAAAUCAGCAAAACAAUAUGUUCACGAUUUACUUAUUGCCGAAUAUCUUUUCGAUAGAAAUUAUGCAUGUUCACUAUCUGUUUUUGCAAGUGAAGCUCCACUACUUGUUAAUUUUGCACGACAAGUAUCAACAACAUCAGGUGAAAAUGAAAAUAAACAACGUCUACAAACAGAUUAUAUAUCACAUACACUCGAUACAUUAGGAAUAAAAUCUGACGAAUCAGAAGGAUUAUCAAUUAUUUCCAAAUAUUUUGAAUCUGAAGAACCAUUAUUACUUUGUAUUCUAAAUUCUCUUCGACAAUUUUCUUUAAUUAAUAAAAAUGAAACCAAAAAAGAAGAAAAAGAAAAAUGUGGAAAAAUAUUUUGUGAAAUUUCAACACAAACAGAUAAAGAAUUCACGAGGGAAGAAAAAUUGGCAACAGCAAAAAAAAGAUUAUUUAAACAAAAAGAAAUUUUUGAUAAUGAAUUAAAAGAAAAGGAAGAUAAAUUAAGAGAGCAAGCAAUUUUUGUUGAUCGUCAACUUUUAUUGUUGCAAAAAAAAUUAGAAGAAGUUCAGGAAUUAAUGUAUAAUGUACAAACAAAGGAGAAAAAUUUACAUCAAGAAAGAGGUAAAGAGGAAGAAAGAAUUAUUAAAAAAGAUAUGGAACUCUCUGUUAAGGAGAAACUUCUUUCGCAAGAAGCUAAUCGAUUAGAAAAAGAGAGAGACAGCUAUAGAAAAUUUGAGACUGAUUUAAAGAAAUUACAAGAUGAAUUAUUAAAAGUAAAAAGAGAAUUUCCAAUAUCAAAAAAAAAUGAUUAUCGUGAUAUGCAUACGCAAACUGAUUUUGAGAGUUUUAUUAAUUUAAAACGUGAAAAUGAAGAAUUAAAUAGUUUAAUUAAACAACAACAAUCACGAAUUGAACAAUUAACAUUGAGAGCAGUUCGUCUCUCGCGACAAAUGGAAGAAACACAAUUAGAAAAAAGAAAUUGUUUAGAAUUACCAAUAAAUCCAAUUGUUCAAUUAACAAAAAAUAAUACAAUUUUCAGUGAGAGUAGUUCAACUGAAGAUUUAAUUCAUGACGCUAAAAUGAGAUUAAAACGUUUAGAGGAAGAAAGUACAAAAGCUGAUCAGUAUUAUUAUGAUUAUAUUACAACAUCUUAAUGAAUGUAGAAAAUUAGUUUUGUAUUUUGCAAAAAAAAAAAGAAAAAUAUUUUUGACAAUUUUUUUUCUGUCGUAAAUUAUAUAUAUUUAUAAUGUGUAUUUAAUUAUUUAUUUGAAUAAUAAAAUAAUAUUUAUAAUUCAUACAAAA